UAAACUAGAUGUUCCAGAGUUUUCUCAUAUUGAAGCUCUUGAGCUUAAUGGAUUUAAAGAAAUGAACAUAUGUGAAAGUUUACAUGAGACCCCAUUAAGCUUAAUUGACCAUGCUUUACCAGAAUCAAUGUAUCCUGAACACUCAGCCUUCCAAAAUUUAGAAAGUUAUGAAGAAAGAAGACAAAUUCUUGACUUCUGCCUUAACAGUACUGGGAUUACUAAAGUGCAUACUUCAAAGGCUACGAUGGACAACUCAAUUCAGCUCAGAAAGAAAGAAAAAGUCGCCAAAAUAUCAAAUACAAGAUGGGGUAGAUCAGAGGACAAAUUCUUAUUUCAGACAAUCAGGGAGAUGGAGCAACUACAAAUUAUCACUCUUGAUGAACUUCUUCAUCCUCAUCCUAACACAAAUAUCAAUGAUUACGAAGGAAUUCAUGAGCUAUGCAGCAAAGUAAAUUGGAGGUCAUCUGCAGCUAAACUCUUGGCACGUAUCAAGACUUUAUGAAACCCAGAAUUUUCCUUCAGAGAGAUGAGAAAGUUAAAAAAGAUUAUAAAAAGAAUCCAUAACCAAGAGGAAAUCGACUACAAUGAUUUAAUUUAUGAAUUCCCUGGGAAAACCAUCCAUAUUCUUCAAGACACGAUCAGGAGUUUGCUGGAGUCUUCCAACCAAAAGGUUUAG